AUGCAAAGCCGCAGGCCGGCUCUUCGCACGGGCUUUGCGGUCCGCUGCCAAUCCACAGCACCGGCGGAUCCAGAGCCCUCCGAGAUUGCAACCGUGGCCCCGGAGAGUGACAUCCACUCGAUGUGUAGCUUGGGGCGUGUGGACCCCUUCGAGGUGGGGUACGCUUGCCCGAGCAUGCCCGAUCACCAGCCCGAGGGCAGGGCUCCAAACCAGCCAUUGAGCCGCGUCUGGCAAUCAGCCAAAGUGCUCGACCAUGCCAUCGACAAGGUCGUGCACAUUGGCUACGAGCAGCCCAUCGAGGUGUUCCGGGCAAGGCUCCCGAGCGGCCGCGAGCGGCUGCUGACCACCGAAGGGUGGAAGCUCUGGAUCCUGCAGCGCAGCGCCCUGGCCCGCUUCCCGAAGAAGGCGCUCAUCGCGCCGAAGAUCCUCAUGGACGAGGAGGCCAUCAACGAGAAGAUCGAAGCGGCUGACAUCCCGGAGGACGUGGAUGCCACGUACCUGAAGUCCGAGGAUGGCACGUCUACGCAUUUUUCCUGGAGGGACGUGGUGGCAAGCAAGUCCAAGUCGCAGUCCAAGUGA